UUUUAAUAUUAAUUUAAAUUGAAUUUUGACAUUUUAUAGCUGCUUCAGCACCUUACAAUAUUUCUAUUGGUUUUAUAAUAAUUUAACUUUAUAAUUAACUAUUUAUUCAUCAAGGAUUCUGUGAUUUAGACAUUUGACUAUACAAGUUUCAACUAUUUGGAGUGGAGUCUACCCCAUUCAACUUCAGAAUGUUCAAAAGGAAGAAAUCCUUGGACAACAGUACCAGUUUAACAAACAAUAAGAACCUCCGAAACAGUCCCAGGAAGUGGGUUGACCAUGAUGGCCCUACAAUUCAGGGUCCUGAGGCAAUGCUGUGUGAAGCAGGCAUGGCAGCACAGCUGGCCAUUCCUCCUUCAGAUCGCACCCCUCUGCUGCUCUCCGAUCUUCGCACGCAGUUCCACUGGGCGUCUUUAGAGGGCCAUUAUGAUCCUUAUAAACACAUUUGGUGUUCUUUGACACAAAAGCCGGAAAGAGCAGCUGUAGUCAUCAUUGAGGGAAUUUCUAUUGAAACCUUCAAAAGUCUUUCAAUCGAGCGCAAGAAAGUUAAAUUACACUUAGAACGCCUCAGGAAUGCACAGAAAACAUCACCUGAACAUGUGUUCUGUGACCUGUGCUUCAAUUGUCAUGAGAAAGGACGCAGCUUUGACUGUCGGCCUGACCCUUUCAAUCUGCCUACUCAUUGCCUCAACUCCUGCAUCCGGGCUCUACUGCCGCGCUGUCAAAUAAAUUUCCAAAUUAAGCUAGAGAUGGUGGCGCCGUCCAAGUACAAGAAGACGGUUUUACAAGAGCUUUUCCUCAUCCGAUGUCCGUCGUCGGUUUCAGCAGCUAUUAAAAGUGGAAGCAUGCAUAAGCCAGCUACUCUUGUUGAGCUGGAGCCCAUUACUGUUCAACGUGAACAGAAGAGCGACGAGAAAAGCUGGUCUGCCCCAGCGGAAUCCCAAGAGGGAGCUGAGCCCGACAUGUUUCGGGACAAUAAUGUCGUCCCUGACUAUGUGGUCCUCAUGAAACAUCAUGGCAUCACCAAAACCGCAGAAUGCCUAAAAAAAUCUGCUAAAUGGCUGAAACGGAGAAAAAAUUUAUGCACGCCUUUGCCUGAUAAGUUUGAUAGAAGAAAAUUACUCAUGACGUGGAAAAACUUUGAGAAAAGGUAUUUGCGUCCUGCAGUCCCCUCGAAUGAUGUUUGUAGUGAUGGCUCUUAUUCUCGGCCGCCCGUCAUUUCUACUAAAGAUCAAUACGCGCGGGUAACUCCGGAUUCGCCAAUGUUUGGUCUAGAUUGCGAGUUCGUCUACGUACGAAGAGAGGACGGUGAGGUGGUGAACGCCCUGGGAAGUAUAUGUUUAGUCAAUGAAUAUGGAGCAGAGGUUUACCAUACACUGGUCAAGCCCACUGAUCCCAUUGUCAAUUAUUGCACUGCUUGGUCUGGUCUUACCGAAGAAAAGUUGAGCUCUGUCAUCACAACCCUUGCCGAUGUGCAGGAGAAGAUAAGAAAACAUCUACCGCCUGACGCGAUUUUGGUUGGGCAUUCUAUAGACAACGAUCUAAAAGUGAUGCAUAUGUUCCAUCCAUACAUCAUUGAUACCAGCAUCGUAUACAACCUCUCCGGGAACCACAAGCCGGCCAAGUUGAAGACACUGGCUAAACAGUUCCUGGACAAAGAGAUUCAAUCUUCUACGAGACUGGGUCACGAUGCUUCCGAGGACGCUGCUGCUUCACUUGAGCUGGUUCAGCUUAAACUUCAACGAGAUAUCAAGUUUGGUGACGCGAGUUUUGGGUGGUGCGAAGAAAUCUUGCCAGAGCACAACUUCUUUUAUAACAUGUUUGAGUACCUACACGAGCUGCGUGGUCGCGAUUUCGGUUACAAGAACGGCUCCAGCAUCAUCACUACAAGCAGUCUUGAAAAAAAAGUCCGUCGUGCAAUGAAAGGCACUCCGGAAUGCUACAACUUCAAAGUUUAUGAUUCUAACCAGGAGAUUUUUGAUGCUGUCAACGAGAACAAAUCAUUAUUGCCCAACCGAUCUGUGAUUCAUCUUCAGACUGACCCGCGAUUGUCAUCAACGAAAGUGCGUGAUCGCAUCGCAGUCUUUGAUGACCUAGACCGUCUGAUCCACCUCAUCUGGGAAGCUGUAGGAGGCAAGGCUUUCGUGGCCGUUAUUUUUGGUGGAUCGAUGAACAAUUCUGAAGAAGCCUUGAGUAAUGGCAUUUAUAUGGCUAGUACAAAGCGAUUUUUUUAUGGGUAACUAAAACAUGUAUCAAUUUUAAAUAAAAUUGAUGAAAUAAGUUGUCAAUGUUUUUUAUUGAUGAAAAUAAUAUGGUACAUGCUGGAGGAAGAAAGAUAUUUACAAAAAUAUUUAAAUAUGGUUUAAGUACACUAACAUGUAUCUGUGAAACUGCAACUUUAUGAUAAGUUUCAGUUGGAUUUUUGGGCAUUGUCAACACUUCAACAGUGUGGUAAUGGGAAGAUAUGGUAACAGUAUCACGCCGAUUGUUUAACAAUACAUAUAAAAAUAUUAUGGUAUAGAACGCGAUUAUGAAGUAUAGCAUUGAAAAUGUUGAAUAUUGCUAUUAGCUCAGUAUUGCUAGAUUUCAAUCUGUCUAUUAAUCGUCACGAAGAUAUUUCAUUGAAUAACAACCUAUAAAAUAGUUCAUAAUAGACUAUGACUAGUAAACAAGAAGUAUAAUGCAAGUAUUCACAAUAGGAAUGUAAACUUUUUACAUCCGUUCAACAUAAGCAAUUGCCGGCCAUCAAUCCAAUGCUGCGACUUCAAAUUAGAAUAUCGUGCUGGAGGGAGCAAAAUUUUAAGCUUUGAAAUUAAUACCCAAAGAGUUACCACAGUCAGAUAACAAUUGGUAUACUUGUAUAAGUUAAAUUCAAACGCUUCUGCGUCGUCACCUUGGAUAACAACGCUCUCAUUUAAGUUGAUUUUUCCGACUAUAGAAAAGUUAUCCUGCCUGACAUACUUAGUUACAUAAUAUUCGUCAAUAAAAAUUUCUAACUUUUUCAUUUCUCGCCGUUUCAAAUCUUGUUGCUGACAUAAGCACUUAAAGAAUCGUAAUCGUUCAUAAUUUAUACGAUAAAGUUUUAAUUGACGUAUUAUACCAGCAUAAAUGUGACGAUUAUUUAC